AUGUUUCUGUUGCGGAGUGAAGUUGAUUUUGAGAAGGAUGAUCGCCAAUUUUCGGUCCCGAGGAAGGAAAGCACCCACAAACAACAGCGAGCCGGGAUGAUGCUGGGACACAACCAUGAACACGACGGGAAGUCCAACACGGGGAAUGACGGCCGCGCCGAUGCCCUUGUAUUUCUGGGCCGCUUGCGAGGGUUCAAGGUUGGAAAGAGGAGAACCCGGAUUUAUUCGGAGCGAAUGAGAGACGACAGCGAGGUCAGCCAGUGGAGAGGAUACUUUCGGGAGUGGGGAACACGUCGGUGGGUUGGCGUGCCAGGGCAUGUUUCCCGGGAUGGGACGGGACGGGACAAGCCCGGAGGCAAGCCCGUGGCAAGUUGCCCUUGA